CGCCGGCCAGCGGCGGCGCGCCUAUGGGUGUGGGCUCCGCGGUUUGGGCCGCCUUCAACAAGGGGCCGCUGCAGUCGCUCAAGGCGCCGCCGUCCACCACAGACAUCCCGGCACACCACACGUCGCUGGCCGUCACCCGGGUGUCCAACCAGGGCAAAAACUAUUUCGCCAUCCUGCUGGCCAAUGCAGCCGGGAAGCGCAACACUGGCGAGUACCAGUUUUUGGAGUCGUCGUGAUUAG